AGGCAAUGUCAUUUCUUGUUAUUUCUUUAACACAAUCCUCGCUCCUCCCUCACCAUCUCCUAGCACUCAUUUGAUGGCCAUCUGGUAGACAUGCGCGCCCCAAAGUUUCGCCUCUGGCGGUUCCUCCUUUCAUGCAUCGUUUGGUCGAUCCCUUGCUUCCAGGCUCAGGCGAUCGACCUCGAUCUUCAGAAUCCUGACAGCAUCAAGAGCGUCGCCCGCGAACUGGCCUGGGACCUCGUCAGCUUCUACACGGGCAACAACACCGGCGAUGUCCCGGGCAACCUUCCUGAUCCCUACUACUGGUGGGAAGCCGGGGCCUUCUUUGGUACUCUGGUCAACUACUGGGCAUAUACCGGGGAUACCACCUACAACAACCUGACUGCACAGGCGAUCCUCCACCAGAUUGGACCCAACCGAGACUUCAUGCCCGCCAAUCAGACCCGCACCGAGGGAAAUGACGAUCAAGCCUUCUGGGCCUUUACUGCCAUGCGCGCCGCAGAGAGGAACUUUCCCAAUCCCCCUGAUGAUCAGCCAUCAUGGCUGGCUCUCGUACAAGCCGUGUUCAACGAGCAGGCGCAGCGAUGGGAUACCAAGAAGUGCGGAGGAGGGCUGAAGUGGCAGAUCUACACGUUCAACAGCGGCUAUACGUACCGCAACUCCAUCUCCAACGGAUGCUUCUUCAACCUGGCGGCCCGACUCGCCCGGUAUACGGGAAAUGCGACGUACGCGGACUGGGCCGACAAGGUGUGGGACUGGGUGACCACCAUCGGUCUCAUUGGGCCGGACUACCAUGUCUUUGAUGGCACGAGUGAGGAAAACAAUUGCACCGAUCUCAAUCAUAUCGAAUGGACUUACAACAACGGGGUAUUCCUGCUGGGAGCUGCACACAUGUGGAACUACACCAACGGUGGCGAUCACUGGCGAGAACGGAUCAACGGUCUGCUUCAGGCGCAGAGCACGUUCCUGUCCACCGACGAGGCCUCCCCGAGCGUCCUCUAUGAGGCUGCCUGCGAGCCCGUCAGCACCUGUCAAACCGACCAAUUCUCGUUCAAGGCGUAUCUGGUGCGGUGGAUGGCGGACACGGCCCGGUUGGCCCCGUUCACCUACGACACCAUCAUGGGUCGUCUGCAACCAACCGCAAAGGCGGCGGCGGCCCAGUGUGUGGGAGGCAAGACGGGCACCUACUGCGGGAUGCAUUGGACCACGGGGACCUACGAUGGCACCAUCGGAGUGGGGCAGCAGAUGGCCGCCUUGGAAGCCGUGCAGGCCAACCUGGUCGGGGCAAAUGCAGGCCCGCUCACUUACAACACGGGGGCAUCCAGCAAGGGAGAUGGAGCUGCUGGCACGGAGUCAUCGGACUCGUCCAGAGACCCGAGUGCACUUCGUACGAUCACCACGUCCGAUCGAGUAGGCGCGGCGGUGGCAACGGUGGUGAUAGCAGGCGUGGUUCUGGGGGUCACGAUUUUCAUGAUAUCUUAGAGAGGUUCACCAGAUGUAUGUAG